CGUCACAUUUCGACAGAGAAGCUACCAGCUGAGAUUUUGCUAUUGGCUAUGUUUACAAAAGUUGAUGGUGGUGUCCGUGUAUUAGUGAGCGCGACGGAUGAGGUAUUUAAUGAUAUCUUGAUGGAUAUCGUUUAAGGAUUGGAAUACAAAAUUAAAGUGGAAUAAAAUAAAGUCGCAUUUCUAGCAAGCCUGGCAUCGAGUGCAGAUUCCGACGACGGUGGAGUAUCUCCCCCACCCUUAAAAAAGCAGCGCCUUUCUGCAGUCAGUAGUAACAUGCAAGCCAGUAAUGGUUGUCAUAAUGGUGAAACAGCUUCUACUAGUAAUGACUUGCAAAAUGGUACUUGUUCCUUCGAAGACAAUUUGGAACUUAAUGGAGAUGUUCACAAGACGAUAUCCACAAAGAUAAGAUCUCAAACAGAUCAAGACAUUAUUCGAUUAAUUGGUCAGCAUCUCCGCGGACUGGGUUUAAAUCGUACAGCAGAACAGCUGAUGAAAGAAUCUGGUUGCAGAUUAGAUCAUCCAUCUGCAGCCAAAUUUCAAGCUCAUGUAACAGAUGGUGACUGGACAAAAGCUGAGAAAGAUCUUGGGGAUUUAAAACUUCUACUGGAAAAUCAACAUUCCCUUGUUGAAAUGAAGUUUUUGUUACUUGAGCAAAAGUACCUGGAAUAUUUAGAAGAUGGCCAUGUAUUAGAAGCACUACAGUGUCUUAGACAUGAACUUACUCCUCUACGAUUUAAUACAAAUAGAGUUCAUGAGCUCAGCAGCUACAUGAUGUGCAGCACAAGUGAAGAAUUGCGACGCAUGGCUCGAUGGGAUGGAAAAGGAGCUCAUUCAAGGCAGAAACUAAUGGAAAAACUCCAAGCGUUCCUACCACCAUCUGUCAUGUUACCUCCUAGAAGGCUUCAAACUCUUCUGCAUCAAGCUGUAGAGCUUCAAAAAGAUAGGUGUCCUUAUCAUAAUUCAAAAUCAGAAAACAGUUUGGACAAUGUAUCUCUACUUAUUGAUCAUACUUGUACAAAUAGGGAACAGUUCCCAUGUGAAACUGUCCAAAUCCUCAAAGAUCACUGUGAUGAGGUCUGGUUUUGCCGUUUCUCCAAUGAUGGUAGUAGACUCGCAACCGGAUCUAAAGAUAAUAAUGUUAUUAUUUGGGCUGUUAACCCUGAAACUCUGGAAUUGACUCAUCAAAAGACACUUGAAAACCACCCUGGUGGUGUUACUUUUUUGUCAUGGAGUCCUGAUGAUGUUUAUCUCAUUGCUUGUGGACCUGAUGACUCUUCGGACCUUUGGGUUUGGAAUGUAGAGACUGGUACCUUAAAAGUCAAAGUGAAUCAUUCACCUGAAGAUAGUCUUACUACUUGUGCCUGGAAUAUUGAUGGAAAGAAGUUUGUAUGUGGUGGAACUCGGGGUCAAUUUUAUCAAUGUGAUUUAGAUGGAAAUAUUGUUGACUCUUGGGAAGGAGUUCGAGUUCAGUGUCUCUGGUGUAGGAAAGAUGGAAAAACAAUCCUUGCUGCUGAUACUCAUCACCGUAUUAGAGGAUAUAAUUUUGAAGAUUUAACCGAUUUUAACAUAUUACAAGAAGGUCAUUCAGUCAUGUCUUUCACAUGUGACGAUACUGGAAGAAUGGCUCUCUUGAAUGUUGCAACUCAGGGUGUGCAUUUAUGGGACAUUGAAGAUCGAGUACUAGUUCGAAAAUUUCAAGGUGUUACACAAGGUUAUUAUACCAUCCAUUCAUGCUUUGGAGGGGUCAAUCAAGUUUUUAUUGCAAGUGGAAGUGAAGAUAAUAAAGUUUAUAUUUGGCACAUUAAACGAGAAAUGCCUAUAGCUGUGCUUCUUGGUCACACACGCACUGUUAAUUGUGUUUCAUGGAAUCCAAAGUAUCCAAGUAUGUUAGCUAGUGCCUCUGAUGAUGGAACUGUGCGGAUUUGGGGUCCGGCCGAAAGAUAUCGUACAAGUAAUAAAGGACAAUCCAUAAGUAUAUCAAACACAAAUGUAUAGCCUAAUUUUUUAUGUAGGAACCUGUAUUUAAACCAUUGGUGACAGAAAUCCUCUAAUGGCCUUGUUGAAUCAGUGCGUCAUCCACUGUAUCUGUAUCUCCAGAAAUGUUACUUAGGUGAACCGAGCAACUGUAUGCAAAGACUGUCUUACACUCCUCUUUGAGACCAUUAACCUUAGGUUCAUCAUCUGUAGAUUUCAGAGACUGGCCGAGGAUAUUAAACCACCCAUGUGUCAAGGUUAACUCUCUUUUGAGAGAAUUCUUGUGCCUAUGUUAUAUAAAGAGGGCAUUUCACAUGGUUUGUCGUCUGUUUUAAGAAUGCCCAAAGUUUGGUAGUACAUUAAAGUGGUGUCAUGAUUUUGGAAAUGCCUUUUUAUUUGUAGUCUUUGUUUUAUUGUGUUUGCCUUUAAUAUAGUUUGUAAAUAUUGUUGAUGUUGAUUGAUAGUAAUAAUAAAGGUAUAAUUCUGAAUGCCCAAUAACUUUUUAAAAAUUAAUUUCUUUUGUUUUCUUUGGAUUUGGUUUGUAUUUUACCUUGUUUAUCAUCUGUUGAAGUUAUACCCCGAGAUUGGUUGCUGCAUUAAAAUGAACUAAUGACUUCAAAUAUUUCUCUUCUCAUCCAUUUCACUGCAAGCUGAAUUUCUAAAUUUUAGAUUGCACAGUUUAAAAUUCAUUUAUAUGCUGAAUGAGCACAUUGACCAAAAAUAUGUUCAUAUAUCUAAAUUUGUAUUUCUUAUUGUCAGAAACUUGUUGCUAUGUUUUUAGUGUCUAUUAAGUUACUUUUAGCUUCCUGUUAUAUUGAACUUCUGAAAUCUUGAUAUUUAGUUUAAUAUGUCAAAUUUUGUUUUACAUAUAAAGUUGACUACAAAUCAAUGUGUGUCAAAAUAUUUUUCUAGUUUCUUCAUACCUUGAAAAAUUUGCAUACACUAUAAAAUUUUCAGAAUUAUCUGCCAUGUAAUAUGAUGU